AUGGACAAGAUUGUAGAAGAUAUGGAAAAGGAAGCGGAGAAGAAUAAAGAGCCAGAUACCAAAUGGAGAAAAAUGCGUGAGGCAAUCCGUGAUUGGGCCGAUUCGUCAUCUUGCCAUGGCAUCCCUCACAUGGCGCAAGCGUCAACAUGCCUUGCGGCUGUGCUUUGGUCGGUGAUCCUGGCAUUUUGCGCAGUCGGUUUCGUUUUCUUAUUCACUGAUACUCUAAGGCAAUACUUACGCUUUGACAAGGUCGUGGAGCUGAAUCUAGGACUGGAAUCAUCAAUGUUCCCAUCGAUCACAUUCUGCAAUGUCAACCCCUACAAACGAAGCAAAAUUGAGAUGGUACCAGCUCUCAAGGCUUUGAUGGAUGUGUAUGAGCUGUCAGCAAGCGGAUCCCUUUACACUGAAUCAUAAGCCAUGUAUAAGAAACACGAGAACGGAAGCAGUACUUUAUCUCUCAAGCUCAUUUGGACGAGUUAUAAAAUAGAUUUUUUGCUAUAUUAUUGGGGUUGUGAAGCAUAAAGCCAGCACCACAACCUUAAGAAAC